AUAACAAAAAAUCAGUCAGUUCACAACGGCACAACGGCUAUCGAGCAAUCUUUUACUAUAAUGGCAAAAACACCGUUAUCCACGGAAGGAAAUGGAUCAUCCCUAACUCAACUCUCAAAAAAAGUGGUACCUGGCCCGAUUUCUGCAAGUCACAUAACAAUCGAUGACAAAAAAAAUGGAAAUAAAGGGUGCUGUUCAGUGCAAUAAGUACACCCUGGAUUCCCUUUAAUAACUUUAAUGUAUUGCACUUGUUGAAUAGAUAUUAAUAUAUUUCAGAAAAGCUAAAAUAAUUUAGCGACACAAGCAGUAUGUUUUUAAAAUUACAUCACAAUUUGUAAGAGUUAAUCAAUAUUGUUUGCAACCAAACUUUUAUCAAUAUGAAUAUUCCUUAAAAACAAAUUUAAAAUCUUUUUUAGUUAUGUAAAUAUCAUAUAUUAUGCUAUGUGGUUUAUCUCAAAUAAAUAAUAAACACCUAACUGCUUACA